CCGUCACACGGUCGCUGCCCCCCGACCUCGAUCCCGACAUGCGGUCGGCCUUAUCCUCUCUCCAGCAGAUUGCGAGCAUGCAGAACCGGCCGAGUCCUUCCGAGGCCCGCUUCGUCAACGCGAAGCCGUUGCCCAAGGGCGGUAUCCGCGAGCUGCCCAUGCCGCCUGCCCAGGUCGUUGUUGGCAUGUUGCGCGAGGUCAAAGGUCCUGGCCGCCAUCGCGUGCGGUAACUGACAACUUGUUCGUUGAAUACUGACAUCCCUCUAGACAAACCCCCUCAGAGUUUCAUAACCAUUUGCACCAUGGUCGCCACCGACAACUUUGCCGAACGGUGCAGCAAGGUGUACUUUGCCACCGAGGACUACAGCAUCCUGACCUGGGGGAUCGUCAAUGCCGGCCUGUAUUUCUUGUUCCUGGAGCGAGCGUCUGUGGCCGAAGGCGCACAAAAAGCUCAGCUGCUUCAAUACCAGUCCGUCUGUCGCGACAACCUCGAAACCGCACUCACCAACCUGCCGCUGCUGCUGCCGGCGCGCAAAGAGAGCGUCGAGAUUUUGCUGCUGGGUGCCUUCUAUGCCAUCGAGAUCUCCAAAUUCUCGCUCGCCCGCGACCUCAACUCCAUAGCCGCGACUCUCUGCCAAACUCUCGGCUACCACCGCCUGCGCUCUCCGACUCCGGAGAGCGAGGCCAAGGUGGUUCUCUUCUGGGCCGCCUACAUUCUUGACAAGGCGCUCUCUCUCCGCUCCGGCCGUGCCCCCGUCAUCCAGGACUACGACAUCACGGUGCAUCGCGGCCUCGGGCCGGGUAUCAACCUGCCCGACGCCUCGUGGAGGGUCGUGCUGAACCUGUGGAUCUCGUACGCUAAUUUUCUGGGCAGGGCAUACGAACAGCUGUACAGCCCGGCCGCGCUGGCGAGGCCACAGGAACAGCGCGUCGAGAGUGCUAGGCAGCUUGUUCAGACGAUGGUAAAUCUGGCCAAGGAGCAAGAACCUCUGAUGCGCCAUACCCGCGAGAAGAUCCGCGGGACAAAGUUCGACGCCAACAAGCCGUUCACCAUGGACCUGGCCAUCCUCAGCGAUGAGUUGCUCCACUGGUCGGCGCUGACGCUAAUCUACCGCGCCAUUCCCAGCCCGCCGGGCUCGCCGAGCACCUUCAACCAGGAGUGCAUCCAUGCGGCGAGACGAGCGUUUGCGCUGCACCAGGAGUACAUGGAGAUGGCCGGCGACAACGUGGCGGCGAAGGCGGGAUGUAUUCAAUGGAACCUCAUAUGCGUCCCCUUCACGCCCGUGAUCAUCCUUUUCUGCCACAUCGUAGAAACGUCGGAUGAGGACGACCUCCGCCGGCUCGCCGACUUCGUCGAGUCCCUGCAGCCGGCGUGCGCCGUCUCCGAGGCCGUCGCCAAGCUGCACCGCAUCUGCCAGGUGCUGCACAACGUCGCCAGCCUGUACGUCAAGGCCAAGGCGCAGCGCCAGCAGGACCCGCAGCAGCGGGACCAGGACAUGGCCAUGGUGGGCGACAACAUCGAUAUGUAUCUUAGCCAGCUGGGCUUCAUGCCGCAGGUCGACCCCGCGUUCGGCGGCGAAGGCGACCUGCCCGCGGCCGGGUUCGCGGCCGGUCAGGCGAGCGAGCUGGGGAACUGGUUCUCUGGGAAUACCCAUAUCCUAGGGCUGCUGGAGGAGGAUUUGUCCGAGUUCGAGCCGCGGAUGUGGUCGAUGGGCGGUCAGUAGAAGGCCUCGGGAGUGUCUGAUGGCACGGUGCCGGCGUUUACGGUUUGG